UUGGAAUCCUAUUAUCCAGAGCGCCAAUUGGGCGAGAAGCUUUCGAUAUGCUCCGCCAAGUAUAUUUCAGCGGUAUUGUGACCGCAAACUCCAUUUGGAAGUUCGCUGCGACCGUGGCAAGAAACAAGUUCAUUCCAGUCACCACUACUUCAAUUUUCAGUGCCAUGGCUUUGACCUCUGCUCGGAGUGUUGCGAAGAGGGCGUUCACUGCUGCAACGAUGCUCAGGAACAGGCUAGACAGACCAUUGAGUGCAGAAGGAGAAUCAAUUGGAGCCAAGCUUCCUCCGAUGGAAGAGGGUCCUGCGAUAUUUCCUUGCGUCUUCGAACCUCCCAACCCGUCCGCUAAACCUCAAGACAUCUUCGAUCUCGAGCACCGAUUCAUCCGCGACACUGAUCCACGCGAGAUUCUAUUCUUUGUUGAUGGAGCCUGUAUACGAAACAGCCAGGGCAAUCCACAAGGUGGCUGCGCUUUCUUAUACAGGCCAACGGCAUUCACUUUUGGCGGAUUCCUUACCCACGCUGGCAUGAUCAGCUUUCCAUUGGAACUCAGAGGCCCGACCGGAUGUACGUACAAGCACACUCGCAACCGAUCUAACCUCCGAGCAGCAGUCGCGGUGCUGCAAUUCCGUGACUGGAGUGUAGACUGCAAUUCAGGGUGGAGAAGCAUUGUGACCGUGACGGAUUCCGAAUACAUCGCUGAAGGCGCUACAACCCGGGCUAAGAGAUGGGAAUCUGUGGGGUGGCGGACUUAUAAUCGUAAGCAAAAGAAUCACACGGAUGUGAAGGACCAUGACUUGUGGCAGCUUUUGCUUGUGGAGAUACGCAAAUUGCAUUCCAAAGGUGUCAGAGUAUCAUUCUGGCGCGUUCCUUAUGAGCAUGGGAAGACGUCUGAAGAAGUUGCACAAGAAGCCGCUGAGGACGAUGGCCUUCCGGACUUCGCGGUAAUCAUCCCGACCGGACCUGACAGUAUCGAUACUAAGCCAUAUUGAAACCUGAGCAUGCGGAUGCAACACUAUUCUCAUGUUUUUAAUAUUGAAGGGCCAUCUCCAAGUUUCCAGGUGCCAUUACUCUGCAGCGCUUUCUGGCUUAGCUUCCUCCUGAUUGAGGAAGACUAAAAAUAGGUGUCACA